UAGAGCGGGCAGCUGGUUAGGAAAUUUUUUCACCUUUACUGCAACAUAAGUAUCUAAGUGUCGGCCAUUGAGUGAAGUAGCUGAACUGGAUAGGACGUAAUUAGAGACGUCAAUUAACGCACAAUGGAUGGAUUCAUUUGUGGAACUGUUACAAUGAAAGCAACAAGAUGAAGACCAAAACAUGAAGAUUGUUUCCAACUCAUUUUAAAGUUUCACUUUUUACUCAGCACAACAAGAGCACAUUUUUAUCACACAAAACUGAGACCAUGUCAUCUGUGAAGGUUGCAGUGCGGGUUCGCCCGUUCAACAACAGGGAGAUAGCGCACCAGUCCCAGUGCAUCAUAGAAAUGGACGGCUACACAACAACCAUUACCAAUCCCAAAGCAGGUCCUAAGGAACAGAAGACCAAGAGAUAUAACUAUGACUACUCCUACUGGUCUCAUACUACGCCUGACGACCCCAACUUUGCCUCCCAGAAGCGUGUUUACGAUGACAUCGGCAUCGAGAUGCUGGACCACGCCUUUGAAGGGUACAAUGUCUGCAUAUUUGCGUAUGGUCAGACAGGGUCAGGGAAAAGCUACACCAUGAUGGGGAGGAACGAGACUGGGGAAGCUGGCAUCAUCCCACAGCUGUGUGAAGAUCUAUUCAGGAGAAUGGUGAAUAACAUGUCUCGGGAUGAAGACCUCAAAUACUCAGUAGAGGUGAGCUACAUGGAGAUAUACUGUGAGCGCGUGCGAGAUUUGCUCAAUCCUAAGAACAAGAACCACCUGCGCGUGCGUGAACACCCUCUCCUCGGCCCGUACGUGGAGGAUCUGUCCAAGCUGGCCGUCACCUCCUACAAGGAUAUCAAUGACCUGAUGGAUGAAGGCAACAAAGCCAGAACCGUUGCUGCCACUAACAUGAAUGAAACAAGCAGUCGGUCCCAUGCAGUGUUUACUAUUGUAUUCACGCAAAAACGCUUUGACAAGACCACUAAGAUGACAGGAGAAAAGGUGAGCAAGAUCAGCCUUGUGGACUUGGCUGGCAGCGAGCGUGCCGACUCCACCGGUGCUACAGGAACAAGGCUGAAAGAGGGCGCCAACAUCAACAAAUCUCUCACAACCCUCGGAAAAGUAAUCUCAGCAUUAGCUGAAAUUAGUAGUUUACCAACGAAUCACAAGAAGAGAAGAAAAGCUGAUUUUAUUCCUUACAGAGAUUCUGUAUUAACAUGGCUGCUGAAAGAAAACUUGGGUGGCAACUCCAAGACUGCUAUGGUGGCAGCUCUUAGCCCGGCUGAUAUUAACUAUGAUGAAACUCUCAGCACACUCAGAUACGCUGACCGUGCCAAGCAGAUCGUCUGCAAGGCUAUCAUCAAUGAAGAUCCUAAUGCCAAGCUGAUCCGAGAACUGAAGGAAGAGGUUCAGAGACUGAGAGAGCUCCUCACCAGUGAAGGCAUUGAGAUUCUAGAUGGCAACCAAGUAUCUCGUAGUCGUAAAUCCUCCGUAAUGAUGGAUGACGGGGAGGAUGCAUACGAACGCCUGAAAGAGUCUGAAAAACUGAUCAAAGAGCUAAAUGAAACAUGGGAAGAGAAACUGCGCAGAACAGAGGCUGUGCGUCAGCAGAGAGAGGCUGUACUGGCAGAGAUGGGUGUGGCUUUACGAGAAGAUGGCGGCACCCUGGGAGUGUUCUCGCCUAAAAAGACUCCACAUUUGGUGAACCUGAAUGAGGAUCCUCUGAUGUCUGAGUGCCUGCUGUAUUAUUUGAAAGAUGGCAUCACCAGACUUGGUCGUCAUGAUGCCAAGGUUUUACAAGAUAUCCAACUGAAUGGAGAACUCAUACUGGACGAACACUGCAUGUUUGAGAACAUUGAAGGAGUGGUCAAGCUGAUAUCUAGCAAUGAUGCCAUCGUGUAUCUGAAUGGGAAGAAGAUCACUGAACCCACCAUCUUGAAGACUGGGUCUCGUGUCAUCCUGGGGAAGUCUCACGUGUUCAGGUUUAACCACCCAGAGCAAGCCAAAAUCCUCUCGGCCCAAAAGGCAUCCAUGACACUUGACCUGCCUCCGAUGUCCAGAGAAAAAAGAGAGAAUGUGGAAAAGAAAUCACCUGGAGACAUGGAAACACCUGGCCCUCUCAUUAGUAGCUACCUCAAAGACCUGAAAUCGUCUUGGAGUUCAGAUUCUGACUGUGACUUCGAAAAUGUUCUAAAAGCAUGUGAGACCGUAGACUGGCAGUAUGCCCAACUGGAACUGCUGGAAAAACAGGGGAUUGAUCUGAGGCAAGAAAUGGAGAAGAGAGUAAAUGAGAUGGAGGAGCAGUAUAGAAAGGAGAGAGAGGAGGCGGAGCAGGCCUUUGAACAGCAGAGGAAGGAUUACGAGAGCAAGAUUCAAGUUCUACAGGAACAAGUGGAGAGACAAUCCAUGAUGAGCAGCCAGUAUACCACUGGAGAUGACAUAGGGGAGGAUGAGGAAGAUGAAGCUUUUGAGGAGGAGUGUAAGUGGACAGAGCGUGAAUACCAGUUGGCGGAAUGGGCGUACAGGAAGUGGAGAUAUCACCAAUUCACCUGCCUGAGGGAUGACUUGUGGGGCAGUGCUGUGAUACUGAAGGAAGCUAAUGCCAUUAGCACUGAACUGAAGAAAAAGGUGCAGUUCCAGUUCGUUCUGCUCACAGACACAUUAUACUCCCCACUUGCCCCAGACCUUCUCCCAGAUGACGCCAAGGACAUGGAGCGCCCGUACCCACACACCAUUGUUGCCGUAGAGGUCCAGGAUCAGAAAAAUGGCGCUACACAUUACUGGAGCAUGGAGAAACUAAGACAACGCUUGGAACUCAUGCGUGAAAUAUAUGAUGAGGACCGAGACAAUUCUCCUGACACCCCCGAACAGGCACCCGAGAAUUUAUUUCAAUGCUGGUCAGCAUGUAGUAACCCCAAAUACUUCAACUUUGCCAAUCUUCUGCCCUCAAGACAUCGCCUGGAGCUGAUGCGCGAGAUGUACCACAAUGAGGCUGACCUGUCACCUACGUCACCUGACCCAGGCAUUGACAAUAUCACUGGCGGGGACCCUUUCUACGACAGGUUUCCUUGGUUUAGACUGGUUGGAAGAGCCUUUGUAUACAUCAGUAACCUGUACCAUGCUGUUCCCUUGGUGUACACUGUGGCCAUUGUCAGUGAGAAGGGAGACGUAAAGGGACACCUCAGAGUUGGGGUCCAGAUCGUGGCAGAGAAUGAAGAGAAUCCUCCAGGAAUAAAGCAGUCUGGAAAAGCCAAGAUCUCUUUUAACGAUGAAGAAUACUUUACUAAGAAGUUAAACUUGAAGCCAAUAGGGGGCAGCAGCAGUAAGCUGUCCGCCAUAUCUCAAGAAGAGGUCAGAUUUGUGGAAGGUCAAGGUCAAUCUUCAGAUUCUUCUAACACAGAUGAAAAGCCACAGGAAAGCAGAACUGAGAUUCUGAAGCCUUCAAUCUUGGAUCAGUCCAAGGCUUUGCUGGAACUGAACGAGUCUGAGCUCCCUGCCCACCUGAAGCUGGGCAGUCAGCUGACCUUCAGAGUGACCGUGCUCCAGGCUGCAGGCAUUUCUCCUGAAUAUGCUGAUAUAUUCUGCCAGUUCAAUUUUCUCCAUCGUCAUGAUGAAGCCUUCUCUACAGAGCCAUUAAAGAACACAGGCAAAGGUCACCCCCUGGGCUUCUACCACGUCCAGAAUUUCACCACCACUGUCACCAAGUCUCUGAUAGACUACUUCAAGACUCAGCCCAUUGUGUUUGAGGUGUUUGGUCACUACCAACAACACCCCCUGCAUGACCAGGCCAAAGAUACAGCAAAUGUACGUCCCCCACCCAAGCACAGUUUUCCCCCAACUCUCCCUGUAUCAAAGCCAGUGCCCUCACCCAAAUAUGGAGUCAUUCAGAUGCCAAGUGCCAGUCAGAUCCACACUAAGUACGAUCUUCUGGUUGGGUUUGAAAUCUGUGAAUUGGCACAUGAUGGAGAAUAUCAUCCUACUGUUGUUGAUCACAGUGAGGGUAUGCCGUGUGCUGGAACAUACUUGUUACAUCAGGGCAUACAGAGACGCAUUGCUGUUACCAUCGUACAUGAGAAUGGACCUGAGCUGAUCUGGAGGGACAUACAAGAACUCGUUGUUGGUCGUAUCAGGAACACGCCAGAAUGCACAGAGCUGGACACGGCGCACUCUGUGCUGUCACUGGGACUGUUCCCUGCUCACUAUAUACAGCAGCCAGGAGAUGACAGAGUAUUCUUCCGUUUUGAGGCUGCGUGGGACAGUUCUCUCCACAACUCUGCUCUACUGAACCGCGUCACUCCAUACGGGGAGAAGGUCUACAUGACCAUCACAGCGUAUCUGGAGGUUGAGAACUGCAGUCAGCCGGCUUGUAUCACUAAAGACCUGUGUUUGGUAAUCUACGGAAGAGACGCCAAGAUCUCAGUGCCAAGGUGCUCAGAGACGGCAGAGGAAGGUGGUGGACACAUCGUCCACCUAUGUCCGCGGGGAGGAGAAUCUCCAGGGUUGGAGACCACGCGGAGAUUCCCUCAUUCUGGAACACCAGUGGGAGCUAGAGAAACUGACCAGACUGGAGAUGGUUGAAAAGGCUCGCCACCUCCUGAUGCUCCGAGACAAGCUGUCAGAACAGACCAAAGGGAGCGAUCUCACCAAGAAAGACAAAGACGUCACCAACAUGACACAGAAAGCCAGUGGAGAGAAGGCGAGCACGGAGCAGAACAAGACGGAGAAGGAGAUGGUAUCCGGAGAGCUGAGGAUUGACACCAGUAUGGAGGGUGAUCUCAGUGAGAAAGAAAUGGCUCUGGCAUCCAAGUGUGUCCGGUUUAUGACCCAGGGACGUCUGCCCUUGAACCCGCUGACCCCUAAGAACACGGAGCCCCCAGUGUGUGACCUGACCCCUACUGAUGGCAGUGAUGUCCAGUCCAGCUCAGAGUCUGAUCGGAUGACCAACAGUUUGGCCAGUAGUAAUGCCUCAGAACCACUCUUCAGGCCCAUGACUCUGGACGUAGGGAAGUCCUCCUCCAGUUACUCAAUGUACUCCAUCGCCUCGGAGGCGUCAGAUCGGUCCCCAAUGAAAGGCGAAGAGCUCCUGAUCCCGGAGGUGGAGGAGAUUCGUGUCAGCCCAAUAGUGUCCAGGAAAGGCUACCUAAACUUCCUGGAGGAGAAGACCAGUGGUUGGAUCAAGAGAUUUGUGGCUGUACGUAGACCCUAUGUGUACAUCUACAACAGUGAGAAAGACCCUGUGGAACGCGGUCUCAUCAACCUGACCACAGCAGAGAUCACCUACAGUGAGGACCAGCAGGCCAUGCUGAAGACAUUGAACACUUUCUCAGUGAUGACCAAGCACCGUGGCUUCCUAAUCCAAAGUCUUGAUGACAAAGACUUCCAUGACUGGCUCUAUGCCAUAAACCCACUUCUAGCGGGACAGAUCAGAUCAAAACUUUCCAGGCGGAAACUAUCAGUUAGGACUUGAACUGAGAAGUGCCAUUUUCAGAAUUUUUCAUAAAAAAAAACUGAUUCUCAAAACAACACAAGGGGAUACUCUAUUUUAAAGAAAAUAUCUCUAUAAGCACAUAUCAGGAGCUGAAAAUUCCCAUGUAGAUCAAGAAAAUUCCCAUCAAGACUUAAGAAAAUUCACCAUAGUCUCAACAUUUCAAGGUGCAAGUAAUAAGACAUUUUUUGAUGAGGGCAACCUGCAGCCCCAUCUGCAGUGGAGACAUGUGUAUAAAGGUUAUUUUCAAAAAUCAACAGGAUUUUCACAUCACUUUUAACAGUGCAAAUGUACUUGAUUCACCCCAGCUAAAGGUGCACUUCAUGGUCUGUCUUGUGAAAGCUAUUGCAGCACCAUCUUUCACGAUUGAUUGCGGUGCUUUCUUUGAGAGCAACAGCAGCGAUAAAGGCAGAUAAAGGAAGCAGGUUUUGUGGAUUCACAAUUUUUGUGACUAAAUAGGGAACAGAACACUGUUACCACCAGGUAUAUGUGCAUAUGAGGAUAUUGAAAUUUGAAUGGAAGGAUUUUCUUGGGACAGGACUAAGGAGAGCACCUGCAGCGCCAUCUAUACACUUGUGCCAGGAAAAACAGUGGCACCCUCUACACAUGGAACUUUUACAGCAGAUCUGGAUUCUGGUUGAAGGACAAUGCGUUCUUUGAUUUUGUACAUGUAGAAGGUACAGGAAAUUUUGCAGCAAUUUUAGGAAAAGUUUCAUAGUAGAGCAACCUGCAUUUAUUCUUGUUAUAAUGGUAGGAUGUUAACAAGGAGAUCAAGGUACCGUAGAACUUCAGCUGGCAUAGACUACAAGAAACUGAACAAAAUAAAUGAUAAUUUACCCCUUUAUCUUUUACUAGAUUCUGGAUUACUUCAGUAAUGCAGCAACAAUGCAAAGAACUUGCAAAAAUGUCAACUUACAAUAUGACAUGCUUAACAUCACAAAAAAAGACAAAAUAAUUAUUAUUCUAUCAUAUCAUAAGAUAUUAAUGUCUCAUUGGAGUUAUAUCAGUUGUCUUUUGACUGGUGUUACUAUACAUAAAGAGGAUAUUUGUGUAUAUUUAUCAUCAUAUAAAGCAUGUCAGUAUUUAUUGUGCUUCUGAAUGUUUGGGAGUUACACAUGAGAUUUGUUUUGUCUGCCAUGUGUGAUAUGUGCCAUUGCCUGCCAUUGGCUUAUUUCUCUCCUUAUUUGGUUAGUUUGAAUUUUCAGCUGAUUGAUUAGUUUCAGAAAAUCUUAUUGGUCACAAUGGUCAGAUAGAACAUCCAAAUGGUCCAUUUCUUUCCAAUGCAUUAAUUUAUCUUUUAAAAUGGGGAGAUGUUUGGCUUUUACAGACAUUGGUGUCGUGCCACUUUCUGGCACGAUUGGUUGGCAGAAACAUGGUAGAAAAUAAGCAGGCAUGUGAUUGGACAAAAUCAUGAUUCUGUUUGGAAAAAAAUCGAAAUGUCAUGUAAAAUUAUUUACCUAUGAUAGUGUGAGUGCAUAAAUAUAAGAGACAUUUUGAAAUAUUAUACCUCAGUUUCAAGGUACACAGCUUGUGUAUUUGCUAGCUAUUGAUGUGCAAAGUAUUUUGUGUGUGAUAUCACUUGCUCCACUGGUUGACUUUGAAGGCUCAGAUGCUCAGUUCAGACACUAAUUAUAGCUAAACAUGGCCAUUUGGAACUUUGGAUUUGUCUAACCCUUUCUCAGGCUUAUGACAUGUUCAAAUGCAACAGCAAAGAUAAUGAAGUUAUGAUCUUUCAAUAUGUUUCAUCAUGCAAACUGGCAAUACAUCUGAAGAUAGAUUUUUGAAUAUACAAGAUAAAAAGAUGUUCACUGAUUAUUUUGACAAAGCAGUAGUGUGUGUGUGCUGUGCAUCCUGAUCCCAGUUUCAAAGUCUUAUCUGGAGGAGAGAGAAUCACAAUAACAUCAGUGCUAAAAAAGCUUAUUUUACUCAAAACAGUUGUAUAAAUGUAUAGUUUGAAGAAACCAGAUUUCUUGUAGUUUAUUGUGAUAUUUGUGUAUAGAUUUUUUGUUGUAUCACUUAUUAAUACUGUUGUAAUAAUGUACAUAUUAUAACCACUAUAACUGUUCUAGGUACAGUGAAAAGAAAAUACUGAUGAUUAGCCAAGUCUUAAUCAUUCUCUUUUGUCAGUAUAAAGAAUGGCGUUAGGUUUUUAAUUGAAAUAGUAGAGGAACUCUUCCUCUUAUGCCGUUUCAUGGACUCACCAGCUAUUGCAUAGAAUGCAUACCAUGUGUGGGAAGGACUAUGAAAACUUGGCCCAAUUACAAGUGAAAGAUUUCCAUACAAGAUCUAAAAAAUUGAUCAUUUGUUUUUAUGUUAAGGUUGAUGAUUUUCUCAUUCCAUUACCACAAUACAGUAUAGGAUGACUGCCCCAUAUUAUCUAUUCAACACAUGGUUAAGUUGAUAGUUGUACACAUACAGUGUCUAUUUGGUUUGAGAAACCAGCUGUCAAAAAUGACAUAGUAAUUAAAUGGUGUGUGUUGGUUAUAGUAUAUAGCUUUCACUGGCGCCGAGCAUGUGAAAGAAUAAUAGAAAACUGAACAAAAAUGAGCAGGCCUCAAAUUAAGCCAUAUUAUUAGUUAAACAAGCUAGUACAUUUUGUUAGUCUUUAGAUUUUAAUAGUUUUUCAUCAGAGGCAAAGUGCAAAUCAAGUUAUUGUACAUUAGAUUUAGAUGACAGUGCUGACGAAUAGUAUGAAUUGUGUCUUAGUACUGUCUGUGUUAUUUUAGUCUCUUACGCAAGUGGUAAGAUGCAUCUUAGUCUGUUU